AAAAGUUUAUCUAUAUUUAUGGGGUACGCUGUUAAGAAUUUAUAAAAAUGAUCCAUUUGACGUCAAUCGUGCAGUACCAAUACGAGAAUUUGGUAUGGACUGCGCAAAAAUAAAUUUAGCUAUUGACUACACUAAACGACAGAACGUUCUCAGAAUUCUUAUAGCAACCGGUUAUCAAUUUAUAUUUCAAGUAACUAAUCGAAAUGAUUGUGUAUCGUGGAUUGAGAAUUUCCAAUCUUCUGUAAACAUUUCAUCUUCAAUUGAUGAUCGACAGAUGCCAAUGUUUGUAACUUUACCAAUGAGACGUCAAAGGGGAGUUAAUAUAUUACCAAUAACUAUAUUUAGUGAUAGCAGUGAUGUAGGUGGAAGUAAUUUAAGUGAUAGGAAUAGUAGUUGUACUACAUUUUCUGAAUUAGUUUUUGAGGAUAGCCGUGUGGGUGAUAGAUAUUCUUUAGCAAUUACAACUACUGAUGGAUUAACUUAUCAAGCUUUCGAAAGGAUUGCUAGAGAAUUGCAGCAAGUACAAAUUGAUGCUUUACCUAAUCAACAACUGAUAUG